GGAGCGGGGAGGCGGGAUCACGCUCCCGCAGUAUGCUAGGACGCGGGACGCAUGCGCAGAAGCGAAGGUGCCAAGAUGAACCCGCUAACCAAAGUGAAGCUGAUCAAUGAACUGAAUGAACGUGAGGCACAGCUGGGCGUGCAAGAUAAGGUCUCCUGGCAUGCGGAGUACAGUGACAGUGCCUGGGUGUUUGUGGGGGGUCUGCCGUAUGAGUUGACAGAAGGUGACAUUAUCUGUGUUUUUUCACAGUAUGGGGAAAUUGUGAACAUAAACCUGGUCCGCGAUAAGAAGACAGGGAAAUCCAAAGGUUUCUGCUUCAUUUGUUAUGAAGACCAGCGAAGCACCAUUCUCGCGGUUGAUAAUUUUAACGGGAUAAAGAUAAAGGGAAGGACAAUUCGUGUGGAUCACGUGGCUAACUAUCGCCCACCAAAAGACUCAGAGGACAUCGAUGAUGUUACGAAAACCCUCCGGGAAAAGGGAUGUGGUAUUAAAACGCCUCCCCCAAGUUCUUCUGAGUCCUCUGAAGACGUUGAGGUGGAAGUGAAGAAGCACAAAAAAGAGAAAAGCAAGAAGAAGAAGAAAGAAAAGCGAGGGCAUCGGAAGCGUGUGAAAGAGGAAACGCUUGCUGAUGUCCCACCUUCUAAAGCCAGGAUCAAAGUGGAGAAGGAAGACCCGGGCUAUGAACGAUACGCUAGCGGAAGUCAGCCAUCCUGGAGCAACAUGUCCGGGCACAAACAUGCAAGCCGGGUGCAGCAAGAACAAGAGCCCAAGUACGAGCGGGUGAGAGAGAGGUCUCGGGAAAGAGGCACCGAUCGGGACAGGCAAGAGCAGAGGACAUCCCACAGUGAGGAGAAGCACAAGAAGGCAGACGCUCCCAAAGAAAGGCUCCAAGCAGCUGAAAGCAGACGAUCCCGAGAGCAGUGGGAGAGCAGAGACAAGCCUUCCAGGGAGAAGAAGUCCUCGAGCCGCUACUAACCCACCUGCCCUUUCCACUCUUGCAAGCGGGAAAGAGGGACAUGGUGGCCAAACUGCCAGUCUAUCAACUUGGGGGUCGGGUGACUGGCCUGAAUCCUUUUUGGGGGGUGAUAUGGGGCAGUCUUUUCUGCUGAGCUUGCUUCCUCUCUUCAGAAAAGAGAGGCAUAAGGAACAGAUCUGGGCUCUCCAUCUUCAUCCCCUGAAUUUUGGAUCGCAAGCAGUAUUCUGGAAUUUUAUUUUUUAUUUUUCAAAUCUGGGAUUAAUAAAUCCAUGUUGAAUGGUU